AUGAUAUUUAAGUAUUCCGGAACCGUCAGUCUUACUAAUCACUCUCCCUUUAAAGUGCGAAGUGUGGCACAUUAUGCUUUUUUCAUUAAUCUCCUAGUAGUUCAACAAUCCCGUAUUGCAGUCUUUACUGUUUUUAUAUUAGAGAAAUACAUAACGUAUCGUGUCUGUACAGGGGAGCUGAAAAUGACCUGCAAUAGAUUCCGAUAUAGAGUGUUCCCUAAAGUAGACAAAACGACAAUAUGUUCCGUUUUCCUGGACUUGCGCCUAUGCAAUAGAAAGACAGAAAACAUCUUCAACCUUCAAACCUCGUUUCUGCUAUGCCCAUUAAAUAAGUUAGGCACUCCGCUCAAAACAGAUCUUCUGUGUUUCAAAAUAGAAAAGGCAUUACCACCAAGCUAUUACAAUAAGCGGUUUGUUAAGGAGGCAAAUGAUAUUUAUCACGUAGAUGACGUGAUUUUAUUUUUAGAACUUCCCCAAUUAUGUCUUACUGUAAUGUUGACAUAUUCUCAUUUUAUGGGGCCUCGUUUCAUAAUGAUAUGCAUCGCGACCACUUAGGGAAAUCUUAUCCACUUGUGAACGUUCACAACUACUGUUUUUUCGCUUGAGAAAGGCGCUGUUAAUACGGAUAAAAUAGCGCUGUUGUCCGUUGGCUUGUGUAAGCAAUAAUUAUACUAUACUCAACUGAUGCAUCCACUUCAGGACAGUUCAAAAAGUGCUAGACCCAGAUCAUGACGAAUAUGCUGUACUAGGCACAAGCUA